AUGCAUUUACGACUCACAGUUGUCGCACUCGUCUCUACAGUUAUACCCUCUGUCGUCGGACAGCAGAUAUGGGAUAUAUGGGAAACAACGUGGGAUCGGUCUAAGCUUUUGACUUACACCAACCUCGGGUCGCCUAUCAACUUUGUGUCUCCCGGAACCAUAGGAAGCGCCGACAUUUCUAUCAACGACGGCGCUCAAUUUCAGAACAUCCUUGGGUUUGGGGGUUCCUUGACCGAUUCAUCGGCACUGACCUUGAACAAUCUCAAGAACCGGAAUCCGACGAAUUACCGGGACCUUAUUAACUACCUAUUCAAUCCUGCGGACGGCGCCAACGCAGCUGGACUAUCAUACAUCCGGGUACCAAUCGGCGCAUCUGAUUUCUCCGCGAGCCUCUACAGUCUUGACGAUACGUCAGGCGAUACAUCGUUCAACAACUUCAAUAUCAACAGGUCUCCGUCGUACUUAUUCUCCGUGCUGAAGGAUAUCAUCGCUGUCAACAACUUAGUCAAAGUCCACCUCGUCCCAUGGUCUCCCCCCGCUUGGAUGAAAGAUAGUGGGACUAUGAAUGGCGGUUCGCUACAAUCGCAAUUCGUGAGCGCAUAUCCUCGGUACCUCCUUAAAGCCGCCCAGGGAUUUCAGGCUCAGGGUAUUCGCGUCAGUGCUAUUUCGAUCCAGAAUGAACCCCAAAAUAGCAAUCCAACAUACCCUACUUGCUUCAUGACGCCUGCUGUGGAAGGACAGAUCGGGACCGGGCUUCGGUCUCUGUUGAACAGCAAUGGGCUGUCCGGCGUCAAAGUAAUCGGCUUCGAGCAUAAUUGGGAUAUAGUUAGCUAUCCAGUGCAGCUGAUGCAGCAAGCCGGGGGUGCCUUCGCGGGCGUGGCGUUUCAUUGCUAUGGUGGUUCGGUAGCCAAUCAGGAUACUUUCCACAAUGCUUUCCCAUCCAAGGAAAUCUACUUCAGCGAAUGCUCCGGGACGUUCGGAUCCGAUUGGUGGAGCGACAUCAAGUGGUACAUGGACAAUCUAUGGAUAGGAAGCUUAGAACACAAUGCCGUCGCGGCUCUGAUGUGGAACAUCGCUUUGGAUGGUAAUGGUAACCCUAAGACACCAGGCACCGACAGUUGUGGAGGACCCGGAUGUCGAGCUCUCGUCACCGUAAACGCCGACGGCAGUUGGAGCGUUAACCAAGAAUUUUAUUCUAUGGCUCAGGCAUCGAAGGCAAUCAUUCCACGGGAUGUCGGCGGGCCGUUCGGUAAAAGGAUAGGUGUUUCUUUGGGAGGUUCGCAAGGUUGGGCUCUCCGUGUCGGGGCCUACGUCACGGGGAGAACGAACCCAAGCGACUGGCUUCGAUAUUCCCUUGUCGUUCUCAACUGGAACGAUAAUGCCAGCGCAAGUUGGAACCCCCAACCGGUGACGACAACCAUCCAAUUCCGAGGCAUGCAGGCGAGAUAUACGUUCCCCGUAGGCGUAACCACGUUAUGGUGGUACGCACCAGCUACUGGAAGCUUCGUUCCAGGCAAUAGUACGGUCAGCUUCAACACUACCUCGCAAAUCGACCACCCCAUGUUCAAUGCCACUGCUAUGGCCCAACGUAACGAGGAGCUGAAGUGGGUUAAGGGCACUUCGAAUUCAAGCGCGUCGCAUAUAUAA